GGGGAAGGGCUGUCUCUCUCUCUCUCUCUCCUCUCUCUCUCUCUCUCCCCCCCGCUCUCCCCGUGGUGAUUUCCCCCCCCCCCCCAACCCCGGGCUGAGGAGCGAUGCUGCGCGCUGGGUUAUGAUCCUUCCCUCUCUCCCUCCUCCUCCUCCUCCUCCUCCUCCUCUUCUCCUCCUCCUCCUCCUCCUCCUCCUCCUCCCGCUCCCCUCUUUUAUCAUCCUGGCUGGCUGGGCGCUGCGCUGGCGAGUUGACUCCUUCCCUCCCCCCCGCCCCGCGGCCCCCCUCCCCCCGCCCGCGCCGUGAGCACCGGCGGCGCGGAGGCGAGAGCCCACUUGCGAGGCGGCAGAAGCAGCAUAAGGCAGCGCGGCGGCGGCGGCGGCGGCGAAGCGGCGGGAGCGGGAGGAGCGGCGGCGGCGGCGGCGGCAGCAGCACCCGAGCGGCGGCGGGAGCGGCGGCGGCGGCGGCGGCGGGAGCGGCGGGGACACGGCGCGGCGGGAGCGGCAACGCGGCUUGAGCGGGGCAGAGCGGAGCGCAGCGCGGCGGGGACGGAGCGGAGGAGCAAAUAAACAAGCAUCAUAAUAAUCAUUCAUAAUACUAACAACAAUAAUCGUAAUAAAAGAGCGAGAGGAGGAGGGGGAAAAAAAAAAAAAAAAAAAAAAAAGCAAGCAGCCAGCCCACCCCCCGAACCCCCCCCCCCCAACCAACCACCCCCGAGCCAAAAAGAGGGAGAGAGAGAGAGAGAGAAAGAAAGAGAGCAGCGCCCGGGCGGAGCGGCGGAGAGGAAGAAUUAAAGCGAGCGAAGGAGGGAGGAGAGACAGAGCAGAGAGAGAGGAGGAAAGAGGAGAAAAAAAAAAAAAAAAGCCCACAAAAACAAAGCGAUCGCAGUUGAUGUUGCUGCUGCAAGCUGGACUUCCAAAAACUACGGCGAGACCGUCCGCUCUCCGCGCCGAGAAAAGUCUCCUCAGCUGUGCGUGUUUUUUUCCGCUGUGUGUGUAAUCUUUAACCUUUUAUUCAUUCUUAUUUUGAUGGCUUUCCUGAAUGGCUGACUGCGAGCUUCCCUGGACCUGGCCCCCAGACACCCGCCUCUCCUCCUUCAACUACUCUGCUGCAGAUCAGCUCUAAGAGAGAGAGAGGGAGAUCUUUGAAGAGAUUUUUUUUUUUUCCUCCUCUCUCUCUCUCUCCCUCUCUCCCCCACCCCCACCACCCCUUUACUUUGCUCUCCUGGAGCCCAGACAAUCGACUCGCAACUCGCCCCCCCGCACACACACUUCCAUCGCCCCGUGCUUCUGCACCUUCGCCGGUACCGGGAGAUCCCCCCCACCUCGACCCUCCUAAAAAAAAAAAAAAAAAAAAAAAAAAAAAAAAGCUCAAAACAACAAAAGAGAGGGGGGGAGAGAGAGCAAGAGAGAGGGGGGAGGAAAGAAAAAAAAAAAAAAAAAAAGACUGCUGCAAAGCUGAUCUGAAAAGCAAAGCAAACAAACUUUGAAAAUAAAGGGGGAACAGGAAGUUUGGCAACGGUGUCCAAUAGAUAUGGCAAUGGUAGUCGGUGCGUGGCGAGACCCCCAGGACGAUGUGCCCGGAGCUCAGGGAACGCAGCCUUCGCAAGCCCCGCCGGUGCAGGGACCUCCGGCCGGGGCCCCGCACACCCCACAGACCCCGGGGCCCGGGGGCCCUCCCAGUACGCCAGCCCAGACCAACCCGCCAAGCCAGCAGAACCAAGGAGACAAACAGCAGCAGCAGCAGCACAUUGAAUGUGUGGUUUGUGGGGACAAGUCUAGUGGCAAACAUUAUGGCCAGUUUACCUGCGAGGGUUGCAAGAGUUUCUUCAAGCGGAGUGUAAGGAGGAAUCUCAGCUACACUUGUCGUGCCAACAGGAACUGUCCCAUUGACCAGCACCACCGCAAUCAGUGUCAGUACUGCCGCCUCAAAAAAUGCCUCAAAGUUGGCAUGAGACGGGAAGUUUCUUCUUUAUUUACUGCAGCGGUCCAGAGGGGCAGAAUGCCACCCACACAGCCAACUCAUGGUCAGUUCGCCUUGACAAACGGGGACCCUCUCAACUGCCAUUCCUACCUAUCCGGAUAUAUCUCCCUUCUUCUGAGAGCAGAGCCCUACCCCACCUCCCGCUUUGGCAGUCAGUGCAUGCAACCCAACAACAUCAUGGGCAUCGAGAACAUUUGUGAACUGGCAGCUAGGAUGCUCUUCAGCGCGGUGGAGUGGGCCAGGAAUAUCCCCUUCUUCCCAGACCUCCAGAUCACAGACCAGGUGGCCCUCCUGAGGCUGACCUGGAGCGAGUUAUUUGUCCUCAACGCUGCCCAGUGCUCCAUGCCCCUCCACGUAGCUCCGCUCCUGGCAGCUGCUGGUCUCCACGCUUCGCCAAUGUCUGCUGACCGAGUGGUCGCCUUUAUGGACCACAUACGAAUCUUCCAAGAGCAAGUAGAAAAACUGAAAGCAUUGCAUGUCGACUCCGCAGAAUAUAGCUGUUUAAAGGCCAUAGUCCUC